ACCAGGCCGGGAUAUCGUUAGUUGACCGCAUAAAACUCCGCCAGGGCUUUCCAAGUCCUCUUCUCUCCCUACUCUCCUCCGUCAAUAUCAACUGAUUCAUUGCGACAACCAGACACUAGUCACGUUGUUCAUGACUGAGAAAUAUUGACAAUAUUGACAGACGCUGGCCAGACGACUAGAUUUUUGGGGUAUUCGGUACAUUUUCACUCAUUGUGUUACAUGAGGAAUGGUUCUCUAGUCUGAUUAUUUCUUGCACGUCGGUGAAGGGAAAGAUAAUUGUUAAAGGUGGCGUUUGUAGCGAGAUACCAUCACCCAGCAUCGGGCCACUUUCCUCAGGACUUGUCUCCGGGUAUCUUUGAUAGAAUGGAGCGAACUCUAGCCCAUGUUCCGUCAAUGGAACUAUCCACAGAGGCUCUUCUUGUCACUGGUGGAUUGGAUAAUACUAACAAGAUGAUUACAUCAUCGGCAGUCAGAAAUGACGACGGCACGAUGAUCAGCCAACAUAGCGAGAAAGUCUCGUACGGCACCAGCGGGGCACCGGAUGGUUCCACGCCGCCAGUAACGGCCGCCGGUGGAGGCAGCGAAGGCAACGGCAUCGGCGGCGGCGGUGGUGGUGGAGGUGGCAUGGUCGGGGACGGCACUGGACAUUCGGUCGGGUCAUCGGCCAGCGGAAACGAUGAUGAUAAACCGGCAAAGCAGAAACGACAUCGUACUCGAUUCACUCCAGCCCAACUCAACGAACUGGAGAGAAACUUUGCCAAGACGCAUUAUCCUGAUAUCUUUAUGAGGGAGGAGAUUGCAAUGAGGGUUGGUUUGACCGAAUCACGAGUUCAGGUCUGGUUUCAGAACCGCAGAGCAAAGUGGAAGAAACGCAAGAAGACCACAAAUGUAUUCCGUACCCCAGGGGCACUUCUCCCAUCUCACGGCCUCGCUCAGUUUCCGUCACCUAUGAACGACUCCUUCUGCAAUUUCCACGGCCAGGACACACGAGGCUGGCCGGCGAUGUCGGGUAUGACGACACACAUGGCACCGCACAUGACCACCCACAUGCCCUCACAUCAAAUGUCCCAAAUGGGUGGUGGACCAGGCUCGGCACUGGCCCUUCCCCCAUCAAUACCCCGCCAAGGUUUAGGGCAGAGCAUGCAGCAGCAGACCGUCAACUGUACCAUGGGACAAAGCACGGGCCUCAACACCCUCUCGAUGGGAACUAACGGUUCCAUGGGCUCAAUGACGUCGAUGUAUCAACCUUCGUUGGGAGGAAUGACAACGGGAAGCAUGUCCAGCGGCUUGUCCAGUCCGUCCCCGCCGAAUCUCCCCGUGUCCGACAGCUCGACCGAUCUCUCCUGCAGUGUAUCUGAUGCGGGUGAUAUGUGGAGGGGGACCAGCAUUGCAUCGCUACGCCGGAAAGCUCUCGAGCAUGCCGCCUCCCUCAAUGGAAUCUUUAGAUGAUUUUCUUAAAACCUGAAAAUUUUAAUUUAAUUUCAUCAGUCACAUGCGUUGCAACGUAUGCUUGGCAUAAAGAGGCUGUACAAAUUUCUCAUCGUUAUUUAUCACAUUCUGCAGUGACUAUGUAUUAUAUAAGAUUAGAAAGAGAUAGAAUGACAUCGAUAUCCUAUUUGCCAUUCAAACGAGAAAGGACUCAAAAGAAAUGCAAAUGUGAAUAUUGAUGCGACAUAAAUUGUGUGAAUUAUUUUACAUGGCUCAUUCCUCUGAAAUGAUUAUAAAAGCAAAUAUUCGCAUUUAAAAUACAAAAGGUUUUCAGGGUACAUUUUCAAUUGUGUCAAUUAUAAUUGUUCCAAGAGAAAAAUGCCGCAGAAAGUUAAUCGUUGUUCAAUCAGAUUUAAUCUUGGUAUCAAGAUUAGAUAUGAACGUAUCUGCAAAGAACGAUGUCGAAAUAAAAAUGUUUUCAGAUUGAGUAAAUAUUUAUCCCACUCUCCAAUAGAAAACGAUGCUAUCAAUUACCAUAUUUUUUUUAAAAUCUGGGUAUCGAAUGGAGGGGAUCGUCACUCUCUGAUAUCACUCGGGCAAUUUACUCCUAUUAGAUAAGGAGAUAAAUCAAGCCAAAAUAUUGUUAAUGUCAGAUUGGAUAGUGGAGCGCAAAGCACAUGAAACAUGGGGUAUUCACAUCGCCCAAGGGAACGAUUUCAUUCACAGAUCCACGACGUGUUGAAAGAACAUCGUGUACAAAA